AUUUUCUACAGUAUUAUAAUAUCGAUUAUACGUAUCGGUCUUAUAAUUACUUUGUUUUUGUUUGCCUUCAGUGAAAUAUUACUUUUGCGGCAAGCAUUUGCGUAAAAACAGUAAGAAAAUAUAAUGAAAGUGAUAAUUUUGAUUUCUUUAUUCACGUUAUGCGGUGGUUUUAAUAUUUUCAAAUCGUUCUGGUCUGGCAUUUUCGGUGGAGAAAAUAGAAACAAAAGACAAAGUGAGAUAACAUGCAAUGGAUUUUGUGGCAUCAUUCCAAAAUCAUGUCCCAAGAAUUCACGUUAUAGAACUAUCGAUGGAUCUUGCAAUAAUAUACAGAAUCCUUCGUGGGGUACACCAAAUACGUCCUAUGUACGAUUGCAGCCUAGCAAUUAUGGCGAUGACAUUAGCUCAAUGCCAACAACAAAAUCUGGAUGCCCGUUGAUGAGCACUCGAGAAAUCAGCUUACUUACCGUCAAGGACAAACCUAUUGUGGAUACUGAUGUCAGUUUAACAGCGAUGCAGUUUGGUCAAUUGGUGGCUCACGACAUGUCUCUCACUGCCGGCGUUUUAAGAACUGGAAUAACCUGCUGCGCUAAUGGUCAGGAUGUGGGAACAAAUCCUCGUUGCGCCAACAUACCUGUACCACCAAACGAUGAUGUUCAUCCAGGCCAGAAAUGCUUGAACUUCCUCAGGACUUUGACAACCAAGGACAACAAUUGCACAACCAACAAUGUUCCUGCUGCGCCUUUAUCAAUAGUAACUGCUUUUCUGGACACGUCAUUCUUGUAUGGGAGUACUGACUCACAAGCGAAGCAAUUGCGGACGAUGGUUGGUGGGAGAAUGAAGACUGUGACGCGGAAUGGCCAGGAAUGGCCGCCACAGGUGCCACAGCCGACACAGAUUUGUAACGUUCAAUCGAAUACGGAGUCCUGUUACUUGGCAGGUGAUAUAAGAAUAAACCAAAACGUCGAAUUGGCGAUGUUACAAUUAAUAUUUUUACGUAAACACAACCAAGUGGCGGAUUACUUGCACUUGAAACACGUGGAUUGGAGUGAUGAAAAGGUUUAUCAAGAGACCCGGCGAAUAAUGUGUGCUUAUAACCAACACAUUACUUACUACGAGUUUUUGCCCCAAUAUCUAGGUCGUGAGAACAUGCUUAAAAAGAAGUUAAUAUAUGAAAACAUACAAGACUACAUUAACGAUUAUGAUCCUCGUGCAAAUCCAGGAGUAUCAAUUGAACACGCAUCGGUCGCAUUCAGAUUUCUUCAUAGCGCGAUCGCUGGCAUGUUAAAGAUGUAUCGCGAAAAUGGCGAGUUUGCUGGCUCCGUUCGUUUGAGUUCUUGGAUGCUUAAACCGUCGAUAUUGGAAGAAGGUAGCAACUUCGCCCAAUUCGCGAGAGGCAUCAACACGCAACCGCAGAUGGCAAUGGAUAUUAAUUAUGAUAAUGAAACAACUACCUUUUUAUUCCGGGGCAACAAUGAAAAUGGUACAGAUUUAGCAGCUAUCGACUAUCAACGAGCUAGAGACCACGGUGUUGCCUCCUACAACGAUUUACGCACAUACUGCGGUUUCCCCAGAGCGAUCGACUUUUGCGACUUUUAUGAUCUCAUACCAAAAAAGCUUGUCGAGAUACUUCAGAAAAUUUACAAGACUCCUGAUGAUGUUGAACUAGCAGUGGGGGGUGGGUUUGAAAGACUAGCUGAGGGGGCUAGAGUUGGGCCUACGUUCCUGUGCAUCCUUGAAGAACAGUUCAGCAGGACUCGUAGAAGUGACAGAUAUUUCUUCGAAUUGGGAGACCAAGAUGGGGCAUUUACACCCGAGCAAUUAUCAUCUAUUCGACGUGGGGCCACUAUGUCUAGAAUAUUCUGUGAUGUAGCGGGAAUUAAAAAUAUUCAGCGCAAAGCAUUUGAAUUAAUAUCUGACACGAAUCCUGUCGUGUCCUGCGAUGAAAUAGAAACUAUAGAUUUAACUUUAUGGUAAAAAAGACGUAUCUAAAAGGUGUACUCUGUACGACAAAAAAUAUACUGUACAGGUUUCGCUAUUCGCGAGUUUUAUUAGUAAAAUCCCUCAUUAAACGAAAGAAACAUUUUGUCUAAACAGAAAUUACUCGAAUACUAACUGUUUGCGAGAUACGGUAUGGAAUAUUUUCACGCUAACCUAAAGUCCAACUUAAAAAUACUUUGAAAUAAAACACAGAUAGGUAUAAAAAAACUGGCAAAAUGAUUAUACAUUUUCUACAAAGCACUGAAGGUAAAUAUGCAUUGGUGGGUGAGUGACUCGGUUGCUAGUGUAUAGUGAGCGUGGGAAGGACCUAUCCUACGUUUCCACUCUAUAACCUUUCCUUCUUUUUAUUAUUAAAUUGCUUUUUAAUUUUACGAAUAAAUUUGCUUGCUAAUUUAACACAAAAAUAUACUUUAAAUUAUUGUGCUACAUAAUUAUAUUUUAAAAACACCAAUGAAUUAACGUAUUGUACCGUACAAU